GUAUCUUUUACGAGUGAUAACAAGUUUAUUAACAAUAUUUGUUUAUCGUGUAUAUAAUGUUUAUAAGUUGUCAUAUUGUUUAAAAAGUGUUCACGUAAAGUUUUUAUUCUAACCUAUGCAAUGCUUAUUACCAUAGAAACUGUUAAAUGUUACAUGGUUUACAGUUGCUGUUGCAGAGUUAAAAGUAAAUAGUUCCUAUUAUAUUGGUUAUAAUUUUAUAACAAUGUCUAUGGACUAUUCAGAACGUUAUAUCUUUGAAGCAGAAUGGUACGACAAGGUUGCAUGUAUAUUGAAAAAAUUUUAUCUAUAUUAUUAUCCAGCAGACAAUACUGUUGAAUUGUUUGAUUUGAAAACGAAGAAAACGUUUUUAAGAAGAACCAAAUGCGAUGGCAUUCAAGCAAAAGAUUUUUAUGUUGGAGCAGUUGUAAUGAUAUAUUCAAGAAACAUCAAAAUUACUGACUACGCUGAUCAGGGUACAAAGACUAAAUUACAAACAUUAACACAAAAAACUCUUGCAAUAAUCAAAUCAGAUGUAAUGGAUAAAAUGGGAGAAAUAUUGAAACGAAUAAUGACUCAUAAUUUUCAUAUAGCAAAUAUUAAAAUGGUAAAACUUACCAAAGAACAAGCGAUAGAACUUUGUAAAGGAAAAGAAUCAGCACAAUUACCAUAUAUCAUAAAUUCCCUAAUAUCUGAACCUGUCCUAGUGCUAGAACUUUUAGGAGAUGAUGCUAUUGCACAAUGGUUAAAAGUUAUAGGUCCAGAGGACAGUGAUGAAGCUCGUAAAACAGCACCGUCUUCUUUAAGAGCAUGUUAUGGAAAGGACAAUAUUCAAAAUGGUUUUCAUGGUUCUGAAAAUCCACAAGCAGCGGAGCAUGAAUUAUCUUUUUUCUUUCCAGAUCAAAAAAGUGGGAAGAAAGGACCAAGUAAUACUGCAACGUUAAACAAUUGCACAUGCUGCAUUAUUAAACCACAUGCAGUACAACAGAAACUUAUUGGUCAUAUUGUUGAAGAUAUUCAAAAAGCUGGUUAUACAAUUACUGCAAUUCAACAAUUUCAUGUUGAUUCAGUUAAUGCAGAAGAAUUUUUAGAAGUUUAUAAAGGUGUACUUGCAGAAUAUGCAUCUAUGGUAAGUGAGUUACAGUCUGGACCAUGUGUCGUGAUGGAAAUAACUCACAAGGAUACAAAUUGCGAUGUACAUACAGAUUUUAGAAAAUUUUGUGGUCCCAUGGAUCCGGAUAUUGCACGUCAAAUAAGACCAAAUACUUUAAGAGCAAAAUAUGGAAAAACAAAAGUACAAAAUGCUGUUCAUUGUUCAGAUUUAUUAGAAGAUGGACCAUUAGAGGUUGAAUAUUUUUUCAAGAUACUUGAUGAAAUGUGAACACAUUGUAAUCAUUGCUGGUCAAUCAACCUUUUUCUUUAUUUUUAUAUCAAGGAAGGAUUGUUUUUUUUUAAAUAAAGAUGAACUUUAUUUGAAUUCCUUUUAUUUAUAAUAAUAAAACUUCAAAUAUGUUAUAAGAUUUUCCUUUUUUACUUAAUGGAAACGUACAAAACAUGUUGUGCGGUGUACAAUGGAUGGAUAAUUGAAGUCUUUAAGAUAAAACUUUCGUAAUAUUUAUCUUUUAUCGUGCGGAACAACUCAAUGCCGUAGAAAUCUGAAAAUUUAAUCGUUUUACAUUAAAAAAAAUUUACUUUUACCGUUUCUCUUGAAACGACAAUUAUUCUGAUUUAUGUAGUAAUCUAUUAUUAUAUUUAUAUAUAUAUAAGAGAUUUAUAGCAUUUAAGUAAACCAAACUUUAUAUAAUU